CGUCUGACCGUCCUGGGGGGGGUCGGUGAAAGAUGAAGGGGCGGCGACGGCGACGCCGAGAGUACUGCAAGUUUGCGCUGCUGUUGGUGCUGUACACACUGAUGCUGCUACUCGUCUCCUCCGUACUGGACGGCAGCCGCGACCAGGACAAGGGCGUCGGACACUGCUCCGGCCUGCACCACAGCCUGGGAGUGUGGAGCCUGGAGGCGGCGGCGGCUGGAGAACGCGAGCAGGGCGCGGAGGCGCGGCCCGCCGCCGUUGGGGACACGGGCGAGUCCUCUAAGGCCCCAGGCAACUUUAACUCCGUCGGGGAGGCUGUGGCUCACGAGAAACAACACAUCUAUGUGCAUGCCACCUGGCGCACCGGCUCGUCCUUCCUGGGCGAGCUCUUUAACCAGCACCCGGACGUUUUCUACUUGUAUGAGCCCAUGUGGCAUCUGUGGCAGGCGCUGUAUCCGGGCGAUGCCGAGAGCCUGCAGGGCGCGCUGCGCGACAUGCUGCGCUCGCUCUUCCGCUGCGACUUCUCGGUGCUGCGGCUGUACGCGCUGCAGGGGAACCCUGCGGGUCUCACGGACCCAACCAAUCUCACCACGGCCGCCCUCUUCCGCUGGCGGACCAACAAGGUCAUCUGCUCACCGCCGCUGUGCCCCGGCGCGCCCCGUGCCCGCGACGAAGUGGGCCUCAUCGAGGACGUCGCCUGUGAGCGCAGCUGCCCACCCGUGGCACUACGCGCUCUGGAGGACGAGUGCCGCAAGUACCCAGUGGUGGUCAUCAAGGACGUGCGCCUGCUAGACUUGGGUGUGCUGGUGCCCCUGCUGCGUGACCCCGGCCUCAAUCUGAAGGUGGUGCAGCUUUUCCGCGACCCGCGGGCUGUGCACAACUCGCGCCUCAAGUCUAAGCAGGGGCUGCUGCGGGAGAGCAUCCAGGUGCUGCGCACCCGCCAGAGGGGUGACCGCUUCCACCGCGCGCUGCUGGCGCACGGCGUGGGUGCUCGCCCUGGGGCCCAGUCCCGCGCGCUGCCCUCCGCGCGUGCAGAUUUCUUCUUGACCGGCGCGCUUGAGGUGAUCUGCGAGGCCUGGCUGCGCGACCUGCUUUUCGCGCGCGGCGCGCCCACCUGGCUGCAGCGCCGCUACCUGAGGCUGCGUUACGAGGACCUGGUGCAGCAGCCCCGCGCCCAGCUGCGCCGCCUGCUGAGCUUCUCCGGGUUGCGUUCCCACGCCGCUCUCCAUGACUUCGCACUCAACAUGACGCGCGGCACGGCCUACAGCGCCGAUCGGCCCUUCCACCUGUCGGCGCGCGACGCCCGCGAGGCUGUGCAUGCCUGGCGCGAACGCCUGAGCCAAGAGCAGGUGCGCCAGGUGGAAGCUGCCUGCGCGCCAGCCAUGCGUCUGCUGGCCUACCCUCGCAGCGGAGAGGAGGGCGACGCGGAGCCCCCCAGGGAAGAGGAGACGACACUGGAGAUGGAGGCCUAAGGCACCAUGUAACCCCUUACUCCCGCCCCUGGGGCGGAUCUGG